AUGCAGAGCCUGAUGCCGAAAAUGCCCUACGACCCGGCCAAGGACAUCGCGCCGGUCACGCUGGUGGUGCGCGUGCAGGAAGUGCUGGUGGUCAGCACCCGGCUGGGCAUCGACGACUUCAAGGGCUUCAUCGCCUACGCUCACGCCAAUCCCGGCAAGCUCACCUAUGGAUCCGCCGGCACCGGCGGCAUCACCCAUCUGGCGACCGAGUUGCUGAAGCGCGAAGCCGGCAUCGACCUGUUGCACGUGCCCUAUCGCGGCGCCGCGCCCGCCACCAACGACCUGAUCGCGGGCACGGUGAACUGCGCGCUGCUCGACGUGCCGGUGCUGCUGCCGCACAUAAGGUCGGGCGCGGUGAAGGCGCUGGCGGUCAGCUCCGACACCCGCGCCAAGCUGCUGCCCGACGUGCCGACCAUGGCCGAACUCGGCCUGCCCAGGGUCAACUCCGACAACUGGUACGCGCUGGUGGCGCCGGGCGACUCGCCGCCGGCCGCGCGGCCAGAAGAUCCACGAGGCCGCGGUCGCGACCAUCGCUCGAAGGAGGUGGUCGACGCCUAUGCCGCGGUCGGCGGCGUCGCGGUGGGCGAUUCGUCCCGCCGAGGUCACGGCCUACCUGAAGGCCGAGGUGGCCAAAUGGGCCGAGGUCAUCAAGGCCGCCAACGU